CGCUGUAACAGCAUCAACAUUCCUCAACAACCGUAACGACUCUUAUACAGAAAUUACAAUAAAUUCUCCCGUCCUCCUCUCGUUUCUUCAUAUUUCAUAAAAAUCAGGGGGUUUUCUUAUCUUUCUCAGUUUCCAAAAUGGCCUUCAGAUUUCGUAUCGACCUUUGCUUCGCCUUCGUUUCGAUCCUUGUUCUUGCUGAAUGCUAUUUGCAUCUGUAUCGUAACGUGAGAGACUCCGGCGAGGAUCUCCUGCAGCGCAGACUUAGUCUCAGGGCUCGUUGGGACGAAAUGAGUCGGCCCCAUUACGCAGUGAGGGAAGAACUUGUUCGCCCCAGCCGCCAUGUUUCGUCCCUUAGAGACUCGAUCACUCCCACCACAGAGUCCGUCCUCUUCCCUGACUGGGAGGUUCUGAUUAUUGUUUCUCCGGAGGGUGAGGUCUCGUCGGAGUCUGGCGAGGAUUAUCAAUGCGUUUUCCACAACAACGCGACGUCUCCGGCGAGACCCGCUUGGGUUUUUCCGUUCACGAAGAGGAGGACGUUCAAGUGCGUCAUUCCGAGGAGAAUCCGCCGCUUCCGACCGUACUUUCAGCCCGCGCUGACGAGGGCGGCGCCGGCGAAGCAGAGGGAGAUUCAUUCAUUUACGCGGGAGCUCUUCCGGUGGACUUUUCUUGCUUACGAGUCUUUAUCCACCCAAAACGACGUCGUUCUCUUCGUGAAGGGCGUGAACAAUCGCCAAGGAGUCAACCGAUCACCGUCGCAACUCAGAUGCGUGUUCGGCAACGACGCCACAAUUGCCGUCAGAACCGCCGUCACCACCUCCUCCCAAGAGGUGUUCCGCUGCCGCCACCCUGACUUAAGGGCGUUACCUCACGGAGAAAUCGAAAACGAAAGAAUCAAAAUCUCCCUAGAAAUUUCUGACGAAAACCGGGUCGUCCCCUCCGUGGCGUACUACACCCCCAUGCGCACAGUAGCCACCCUGGAGCCAAAAUCCCAACUGUGCGCAUCCACCAUGAUCUAUAACGCAGCUAAGUUCUUGAAAGAGUGGGUGGUGUACCACUCCAGAAUCGGAGUCGAAAAAUUCAUACUGUACGACAAUGGCAGCGACGACGAGCUCCAGACAAUCGUAGAAGAGCUGAAUCAAGAUGGUUUCAACGUGAAAACGGUGCUGUGGCCAUGGCCUAAAACCCAAGAAGCUGGGUUCUCACAUAGUGCAAUCUACGCCAAAGACACCUGCAAAUGGAUGAUGUACGUUGACGUCGAUGAGUUUGUAUUUUCUCCAACGUGGCUCAAUUCCUCAACCCCAUCGACCAAAAUGCUAUUUUCUCUCUUGCCAAACAAACCCACUUCCAAUGUGGGGCAAAUUUUGAUCCGUUGCAACGAGUUCGGGCCAUCGAACCAGCACUCCCACCCCGUUCAUGGAGUAACACAAGGAUACACAUGCCGGAGACGGGCUGAACAGCGGCACAAAUCAGUGGUUUUGCUGGAAGCAGUUGAUUCAUCAUUGGUUAAUGCAGUUCACCAUUUUGGGUUGAAGGAGGGUUUCAAUGGGAAGAGGUUGAGCUUGAGUCAAGGGGUGGUGAAUCACUACAAGUACCAGGCAUGGAGUGAGUUUAAGGCCAAGUUUAGAAGAAGGGUGUCUGCGUAUGUUGUGGAUUGGACAGACGAAGCGAACCCAACGUCUAAGGAUAGGGCACCAGGGUUAGGGUUUUUGCCCAUUGAGCCUAAAGGGUGGGCCAGCAAGUUCUGUGAAGUGAAUGAUGAGAGGUUGAAGAUGGUGACUCAGAGAUGGUUUGCGAUCCCUUGGACGUCAGAGAACAAAAUGGCUUGGGAGAAAUGAGGCCGGAGAGGCACCCUGGCCCAUUUUUUGUCAUUUUUUUUUUCCCACUCGUGUUUUGUAUAGAGGUGGAUUGGUAUACAAGAAAAGUAGGCGGCAAUAACUAAUAACUAAUACACGAAAUAGGGAGGGAAAAUUUAAUUUUUCUAUCUUCUUAUUUUCCUUUUCAUUUUCAUUUAU